AUGCGUAAAGGGAAGAAAUACAAUGCUGCUAUAGACUGGUGGGCUUAUGGCCUCAUCCUCCAUAAGAUUGCCAAGAAAGCAUUUCCCAAAGACCGAAGUGCUACCGAAUCCAUGCUUCAAGACACCGCAAACCACCCUGAGUGUCAGAGAAACAAUGUCAAAGAUUUACUGAAAAAGGUGUGUAUGAUCUGGCGCUCUAGGUUAAUGUCCUGCAACAAGAAACUAAUUCUAUGAAAGAGUUACUCUUUCCAAAUAUAAAAGAGAUUCAUUUUUUAUACAGAAAACUAAUAACAUAGAGUAACAGUAUAUGCCCAUAAAUUACCACAUUGUCUAUAUACUGUAAUAUCAAAAUCAAGUAAUCAGAUAUUAAUUCAGUGAGAUGCAUACUGCUCACACCAGCAAUCCAUAGCUGGGAAGAUUAAUUGUAUGUUGUAAUUGUAAAGAUAGCACAAUAUAUAUAGGGGAGGCAUCUCAUGAAGGAGAACGAGAUAAAUAACUUGAAGGUUAAGAACACCAUGAUAACAUAUCUAAAACAAGGAAGAACUAGCCAUGCAUGAAGGUAUAGUUUGUGUUUUGUAGUUAGGGCAUGCGACACUUCCUAUUAUGUACAGGAGCAGAAAAUAAAGUAAGUGUAUCAUUAAUCAUUUUGGAACUGUGAUGCUUGGAACAUCCUUUUAAAGCAGCAAUGUCAUACAGAACUUACCUUUUGUUGAUCGAUUCCUCUUCUCUCCCUCUGUCAGAAUCUGUUCUUCAUUUCUUCCUGUAUGCUUAAGUUUUCUAUAUAACGUAAAUAUAGAGGUUUCCUACACUUGACCAGUGGAGGAGCAACGUGUGCUUCGUUUCCGGUGAUCAAAGCAAUUUUCCCACAAUUCUCACCUUUGAUGCGUGAUCUCGCGAUGCUUCCUGUCAGUAGUCCCGAACGCCCUGUCGCUUAGACAGAACGCCGGUGAAACUACCGAAUUUCGUCCUAACAGAAUGAGAACAGUUCCUCCAUUCGUGUUAGGAUGUAAUUCGGGACUUUGUUCGGAUCAGAAUUUCAUUCUAAUAAAUGAAGCUCUAAUCCUAUCCGUGCCCCGGCUGCAUCUUGCAGCCGCUUAGUAGAUAGUUCCCUAAUUCCCACGGUAUCAGGGAGCUAUCUACCAAAAGGCUGAAAGACCUAAAUUGGUCUUGCAGCCAAAUUUAUGAAUACUAAGUAAAGAUUACUUAGUAUUAGUAAAUUCUGCCCCUACUCGCUAUGCCACGAGUAGGGGCAUGUCUAGUAAACAGUGAGCAGCCACUGGCCUGUGGGUGGGGGCGUAAAUAACAAUAAGAGGGGGGGAACCUAUAGUCGUCCCCCCAGCCCCACCUAUGAGCAGCGGGUGGGGGCCCUAAAUUAUAAUAAGGGGGAGGGACCUAUUGUCUGCCCCCACCCCUGAACGGCGGGUGGGUGCCCUAAAUGAAAAUGGGGGGGGCAACCUAUUGUCCUCCCCUCCUCCCACGCCCUGCAAUUAGGCUCAGAGCGCUCUGAUUGGUUGGUUUAAGCCAACCAAUCAGAGUGCUCUGACAGGUAAAUGAAGAGACUGACAGGUAAGUCUCUAAAUUUACCUGUCACAGGACUCUCAUUGGUUGACUUGAAAUCCAAACAAUCAGAGUGCUCUGUCAUUUUACACAGCGUGGGAAAGUUCUUUAGAAUUUUCCCAUGCUGUGUAAUUUGACUCAUAACAACACUCUGGUUGCUAUUCCCUCCCCCCUUAUUGUUAUUUAGAGACCCCACCCGCCACUCAUGGGUGGAGGCCGCAGGGGAGGACAAUAAGUCCCCCUCCUUAUUGUUAUUUAGGGCCCCCAUCCACCGCUCAUGAGUGGGGGCAGGGGGGAGGACAAUAGGUUCUUCCCCCCACACACACAUUUUCAUUUAGAGCCCCCACCCGCAGCUCAGGGGUGGGGGAGGCCAAAAGGUCCCCGCACUUUAUUAUAAUUUAGGGCCCUCACCCGCCACUCAUGGGUGGGGGUCGGUGGGGAGGACUAUAGGUCCCCCCCAGUCUCCUGUUCGCGCGGCUCAGGAGUUUUAUUUGGGGGGGGUUUACAGUGAGCAGCCACUGGUUACUGUUUACUAGACAGGCCCCUACUCGCGAUAUAGCAAGAAAGGGCAGAAUUUACUAAUACUAAGUAAUCUUUACUUAAUAUUAGUAAAUUUGGCUGAAAGACCAAUUAAGAAGGUAUUUCAGCCUUUUGGUAUAUAGCUCCCUGAUAUCGUGGGAAUUAGGGAGUUAUCUACUUAGCGGCUGCAAGAUGCAGCCACGGCACGAAUAGGAUCGGAGUUUCAUUCAUUAGAAUGAAAUUCCGAACAAGUGCCAAAUUGCAUCCUAACACGAAUGGGGGAACGUUUCUCAUUCUGUUAGGAUGAAAUUCUGUAGUUUCGCUGGCCUGCUCUCUAAGCGACAGGACGUUAAGGACUACUAACAGGAAUCAUCGCGAGAUCACGCAUCAAAGAUCAGAAUUGUGGGAAAAUUGCUUUGAUCACCGGAAACAAAGCACGCUUUGCUCCUACGCUGGUCAAAGCUGGUCAAGAGUAGGAAACCUCCAUAAGACAAAGUAGUCCCUACUUUGUCUAAUGUUUUACAGAAAACUAGAGCAGACAGGAAGAAAUGAAGAACAGAUCCUGACAGACGGAGAGAAGAGGAAUCGAUUAAAGAAAGGUAAGUUCGGCAUGACAGUGCCGCUUUAACUUUGUAGUACUGCAAUUCAGAUUUUAAUAAUUGCUGAUCUACCCUCUAAAUUGUGUUUGUAUGUUUUUUUAGCCAAUGAACAAAGGCAGUUUUAUUAUAGACCUUUUUCCAUUUACAGCUCAUGUGUAAGAACCCAUCAGAGCGCUUAGAGGCAGCUGGCAAUAUCCGCAGACAUCCUUUCUUCCAGUCAAUUGACUGGGAUGAGCUGGAGGCCGGCAAGGUAGAUCCGCCCUUUGCGCGAAGCCCAGUAAGUAUACAGAACCUUUCAGCAGAGACCAGAAUGAUCAGAUGUGGUUACAAACAUGGAAACAGACACAGGUAAUGGAAGACCUCUCAGUCCACAGGGCCAGAUUAACAUAGGCGCAGGUGGAGCUCCAGCUCCCAGGCUCAUCCUGCUGUAAUAGUCUCACACUACUGGCUAACCUGUUAAUCUUGCAGCUUCCUCUCCUCCUGAUUGAGCACUGGGUAAGCUGCAGGCUAGGCGUCUGAUAUCAUCAGGGGAUGUCUUUGCAACCUGCAGCAAAAUCAGAGCGCUUGUAGGAAUUAGGCUGGUAUGGGCAUGCUGUUGGAGAUUGCAGGGAGGAGAGGGAUACAUGUUAAGUUAGGAAAAUAACUAUUACACAUUUACACAUUACAACUACUUAUCUCCUCUAUUUUAAAGCUCCUUAAGUCAAAGGUGCUGCAUUAGGUGGAAACUUGAGGCAAACUCAUCAAAUGCUUUUGUGGAGUACAAUUCCAAGAUCAGGCAGUGAAAGGUGAAAGUCUGAGUAAUACUAUAAAUGCAAAAAUGUAAUGGGAUGGUAGUUUGGGCAACUAACGUGCAAGGAAUUGCAGAGUGGGGAGUCAUGGAGCCCUCCGUAAUAUGCAGUGUGUACUGGGAUAUUACAGAGCUCCCAGUAAUGUACAGUGUGUACUAGGAUAUUACAAAGCCCCUAGUAAUGUGCAGUGUGUACUGAGAGAUUAGAGCCCUCAAUAAUGUGCAGUGUGUACUGGGAUAUUACACAGCUCCCAGUAAUGUGCAGUGUUUACUAGGAUAUUACAGAGCCUCCAGUAAUGUCCAGUUUGUACUGGGAUAUUACAGAGCCCCCAGUAAUGUGCAGUGUGUGCUGGAAUAUGACAGAGACAAACUAUUGUGCAGUGUGUGCUGGAAUAUGACAGAGACAAACUAUUGUGCAGUGUGUACUGAGAGAUUACAAAGUCCCAAGUAAUGUGCAGGUGUGCUGGGAUAUUACACAGCCCUCAUUAAUGUGCAGUGUGUACUGAGUUAUUACAGAGACCCCAGUAAUGUGCAGUGUGUACUGGUAUACUACAGAGCCCCCAGUAAUGUGCAGUGUGUACUGGGAUAUUACAAAGCCCCCAGUAAUGUGCAGUGUGUACUGAGAGAUUACAGAGCCCCCAGUAAUGUGCAAUAUGUACUGGGAUAAUUCACAGCCCCCAGUAAUGUGCAGUGUAUACUUGGAUAUUACUGAGCCCCCGGUAAUGUACACACUGUGAAUUACUGGAGGUUCUGGGAUAAUACAGAGCCUCCAGUAAUGUACAGUGUGUACUGCGAAUAUAUCAUAGCUGUACUCAGCAACAUCUCCUCAAUACAUCAAUAUCUCAUAUCUAUAUCUUUGGAAAGUAAUGAUCUAAAUCCAAAUCUAAAUUCCUAAUGCUAAACCAUGUCAUAAUUCUAAACCAAAUCCUAAUUCCAAAUCUAAUCCUAAAUCUAAUCAUGCACCUCACCUCAACUGUAUGUCAUACCGUAAUCCCAUGUCUAACCCUAUGUCAGGAUCGUAUCCUGACAGCUAUGUUUUAUCUUCCUUUUGUUUCUGUUCCUUUAAAAAGAAGUUCCAGCUCUCAACCACUAGUGGCCUCCCUAGCCACUAGUCACCUCAGUCCUCACCUGCCUAGGACUAAUUACUUGCUUCAGCUACAUAAGGCUACACCCUGCUCACAACAGGGCCUUUACAAUGAAGUUAAUGAUCUACCUGAAAGACUUCAGUUCCUGGCUCCCGUGAACCUUGUCCAAACUUACCUUCUACCCUGCUCCAUACCAACCUGCUCCAGAUUUACCUUCUACCCUGCUCCAUACCAACCUGCUCCAGACUUGCCUUUAAACCUGCUCCACUCUCACGUAUGAUUUUGACCUCUGCUUCUUUUACCAGCCUUCCUGUGUUACAAACCUGCCUCCAUUAUCAGCCUUCUACUGUUACCAGCCUGCCUGCUGUUGAUACCAACCUGCCUUUGUUUUCUUUAUUUGCAAGUAUCCUGUUUUGUGGCAUAUUGCCUAAAGUCUGUUUUCCCUGAAGUUGCAUAAUAUGUCUAAAAGCACAAAUAAAGUCUCAAAUAACAACCCUGGCAUAAGUAUCCUAUCUGACCUGGACAAGAUCAUGACACCCUUAUUAUAUCCUUAAUCCUAACUAUUGCGACAGUGAAAGAAGGAUUGAUGAGUUCAGCAGAGGGAUUCCUGUGCUGAAUUUAAUCAUAAUCUGAACCAUAAUCCGAUUCCUAAUCUGAAACAUAAUCCCAAUACUAAAAUUAAUUAUAAACCUAAUCAUAAACCUAGUAAUAAACCUAAUCCUUAUUCUAAACCGAAUAAUAAUCCUUAAUUUUAAUCCUUGACUUAAUCUUAAUACCAAAAGUAUUCCCUCUGCUAAUAUCAAUACUGAUAUUAGUGAAGGAAUUCUACACUAAAACAAAGAGUGGCAAGUUGCUGCUAACUACUGGCUAUCUUUAGUGUGGAAGUCUCCUAUUGCUAUUACUGAAGAUAGGAUACCCAGUGCAUUGCUAUCUGACAAUUUUACAUAAUAAUACAAAAAUUAAAAAAAAUAAAACUAAGAGUCUCCUAAAAAUGUUUCUUACCAAACACAAAAACUAUAUGUGAACCCAAAAUAAAUAUACAAUAGUAUAUAACAAAAUUGGAGAACUCUACAUAUAAUAUAAAGAAACCACCCAAAAGUGGAUAAUAAAACUACAACCUGCAAGGUAUGCAAAAUAGAAUCUAAAAGAAAAAAUAUGCAAUAGUUUAAUAACUACAAACAAAAGACAUUGGGUGGUGGAAGAAACGCACUCACAAGAUGGAACUGCAAGAUGUAACAUCUAUUUAUUUGAAACAGGUGAUUUUAAAGGGUUUCUCUAGUGCCAGUAAAACCGGCUUUGAAAAUUGUAAAGCUUCAAUAAAGCUCUAAUAUGAGUUGAAACUUAGUAAACCUGGUGACCAUUUUAUAUAACGAAAAGAGGGACAAUCAAGGUGACAUGGUGGUGUGACCGGUCUGUGGAUUAUUGGUUGUCUUUGGGUAUAGCCAAAGUAUUAUGAGAAAUUAAGCCCCGAGACUCAUAAACACAAACAAUAUCUAAAGUUGGCAGCACUGCAUAUUUUCUAAACAAUAUUUCUCAUAAUGCUUAGUAGCCUUUACUAUACUCUCCAGCCAUUUCUGUACCUCUGUACGUUGCCAGAAACCCAUUUCUGUUCCUUCCUGACAAGCUGUAUAUCUAGCUCCUUUCCCAAUUAUGCCAAUACCUACAUUGAAAGAACUAAUUGAUUCUCUUACAUACAAAAAUAAAACCAGAGGUUUUAUGGCAAAUGUCUUCUCCUUGUUCUCCAACAGAAAGGCUGUGGAGUGGAGAGUAAUUUAUAAAAAGGUCAGAAGAAAACUUGUGAUAAUAUUUAACCCCACCACCAUGGGUAUAUUUUACACCCAUAUUGGUUUUCUUAUACAGCUUUUUAAGUGUGGCAACUCUUAAUGGAAGUUUUCUUGCACAUAGUCAACUGUAAAUACUACAGUGUGUUAUUAUGUCUUUUCUUUGUAGCCAACACUGGAGAGUUUAACAGCAAAAGUGAUAAAAGAGACAACCAUAUCUAGCUACGAAGCAUUUACUCCACCGAUUCCACCAGAGCAGCAAAAAUUAUUUCUUGGAUUUUCUUUUAACAUCCUCUCCCAGUCUACAGCAGCGUUGUGA